ACUUACGUGCACUGGAUUUACGACACACCUGCAUAGAAAGAGAAGGAGGUGCUUGAUAUACACUGCCGUGAACACAACUUCUUCUACUGUAGAAUGGAGACAACAGUCUGUGGUUCGUUUGUUCUAGUUUUAGCUGCUUUUGUCUUUUCUGGGCAACAUGUCGUUGCUGAGAAUGGCUUCACCCACCACGAGGCUCUGGACGAAGAAGGGAAGUUUCAACUGUUGUGGAAGUUUGACGACGAGAAGAUCGAGUUUGAGGCCCAGGUGCAGACGACAGGAUGGGUCGGCUUGGGUCUGUCCCCGAACGGAGGUAUGCCGGGAUCAGACAUCGCUAUCGGAUGGGUCAAAGACGGGACUGCGCAUCUAACGGAUCGGUUUGCGGAAGCAAAGACACAGCCCCCUGUGGACGAGAGUCAGGACUGGGAGCUGGCGUCUGGGAACGAGAACGGGACUCACACCAUCCUGAGGUUCAGCAGGAAGCUGACGACGUGUGACGACAAAGAUCGCGUCAUCAACGAGGACACCAUGCGAGUUCUGUGGGCAUGGCAUGACGACGACCCCGAGGACGAGUCUGGUGUGAGCGGCCCGGCCUACCACGGGGCCAACAGGGGAGCCAGAAGCACUGUCCUUCUCAGUAACAUCAUCGCACCGCCAAACUUUCAGGAAACAAACAUCACAACAGUUGACCUCUUGAUGAAUAACGUCUCCGUUCCUGAACAGGACACAGUAUACUGGUGCCGUGUGUUCCAGCUGCCAGAACUCCCCAGCAAACACCACAUGAUAAAGUACGAACCCAUCAUCACCCCUGGUAACGAAGGCGUGGUUCAUCAUCUGCUGAUCUACAGCUGUCCGGCAGACCAAAGCGUCACUUUUCUGCCAGAGGAACAUCCGGGACAUCGGUGCUACUCUCCCAACAUGCCUUGGGACUGGUACGCAUGUUAUGGCGGAAGCCUUGUGGCGGCAUGGGCGAUUGGGGCUGAGGGUAUUGCGUUUCCUGAACACGUUGGGUUCCCAAUCGGUGGCGCAGACGACAGCCGCUAUGUACUGGUAGAGAUGCACUACGACAACCCUCACCUGGCAUCAGGAAUACGUGACAGUUCGGGACUGAGACUGACGCUCACGCCUGAGCUGAGGGACAACGACCUCGGCAUCCUGGAGGUCGGCGUGAUGGUGACCAAACUCCACGUGGUCCCGCCUCGCGCCGAGGGGUUCGUGUCCGCCGGAUUCUGCAACACAAAUUGUUUGAACGCGUUCCUGGAAGAGCUGGGAGAGCCCAUCCACAUCAUUGGCCUUGAACUUCACUCCCAUCUACUGGGGGUGAAGAUGAGCGCCAGGCUGAUCCAUAACGGCACGGAGACUGAGAUCGCACGGGACGACAACUACGACUUCAACCUGCAGUUCUUCAGGAUGCUGAAACAGGAAAUCACCGUCUAUCCGGGUGAUACCCUGCUUACAGAAUGUACUUACCGCUCCACGCAAAAGGACGAGAUUACAUUUGGUGGACCAGGAACACCAGAUGAAAUGUGCGAGACCUUCUUCCUGUACUACCCGAGGUUCAACCUGACCUUCUGUGACAGUCUGCCUAACUUGUUCAGCACUGCUAGCUUCGCUGGAGUGGAGGACUUCGACUAUACUGGCGGCCAACGCGGUGAGAUUGUCAUCAAGGCACCGGAGCGCCUGGUCAACAAGUCGUUCGAAGAGGUGAUGGAGGAAGUGCCGUGGACGGACGAGAAAGCACGAGACUUCUCCAAGUCGCUUCUGGAUAGCCCACUGCCCUUCCACACCAGCUGUAGGGCCACCUACCAGACCGCCGUCAACACUGGCGAGUUGAGCGACUCAGCCCCCUUCCCGCGCGGAAACCGGACCGUCCCCGAUGACAUCUGUAGCGGGAGGACCCCGUCCGGGCAGGCAACCACCCGCGUACCGGCGGUAGGGACGGGCCCUGGGCAGGCAACGACCCGUGCGCCUGUGGUCGGGGAUGGUUCCGGAGCAUCGCGUUCCGGCCUGCCUGCAGUGACAGCCAUCGUCUGCAUGGUGGCGCUUGCCCUCAUCACCGUGUAGAAACCGUAACACAAGUGUUACAAACAAACCAUGCUGGUUUUGUUUGGCAGUGACAAGUUUUUUAAAUCAUUUUCUAUGGGAAGUUUAUAUUUUGGUACGUAACGGUGUAAAUAUGGAAAAAGAAUUAUCACAUUUUGAGGUUUUAAGUUCAUGAGCUUUAAUUUAAAGUUUAUACAGUGGGUGUUUCAUCUAUCUAAUGUUGAAUACACAGCACCAUCAAUAGACCCAUUUCCUGUGCUGGCGGCCAUUUUGAAGAGUCAUUGUUUGUGGCCGUGCAUGUAAAUCAGUUCUUUUCUACAGAAUGCUUUUUAAAGUUCAAUAUAAUUGUUUGUUAAAGGUAUUUUGAUGAUUGUUUGAUUCUUUACUGGAACAUUAUUGUGUUGGUGUGUGACACGAUGUAAGUUAAAUGUAAAAGUUAUAUGGAAUAUACUUUGCAUCGUUGCGAUAAUGUUGUAUAGAGAUACUUUUGUCAAUAUCUAUAAAUGGAGAGAUACUAUUUUUAGAAUCA